AUGCCUGACAGCGCGGAACGCGAUCAAGAUCACCCGUCGUCCGGGCACUCCAAGCCUCGACGCCCAGCACGUCAAACACCACCUCGUCUUAUCAAGAUCAACCUGGUUUAUUUUGGCAGCGAUCUACUGGGAAACGUAGAUGCCAACACCCCCAGUUACGUGUACUUCGGAAGCAAUGAUCUACUGGGCAACGUGGAUGCCAGCACCCCCGGCCCUUACGAAGCGGGCAAUCUGGGCCCUCUGGCACUGGAAUUGGGCAGCCGUGGUCUGGGAUCUCAGCCACAGCUUCUAGGUUGUGCCCUCGGUGAUGCCGCAGCAUCAAGCUAUGGCCCAGCAGGUGCCGCCCGAGGAGUUGCCGCCCCAGGAGGUGGCUCCCCAACAGGUGAUGCCCCAACAGGUGAUGCCCCAACAGGUGAUGCCCCAACAGGUGAUGCCCCAGCAGAUCCCGUCCCCUUCUCCUUCUCCCAGCCAAGAGGACCAGCACUCCAGCAGGUCCUGCAGGAGGACAUGGAGAAGGUGGCGCACCUCGAAUUUGCCCCCGACAUCCUCGAAAAGACUUGGGAGCUCCAAGUUCUUGUCCAACCUGACCCCAGGGUCCAGCAGCCUUCCCCAUCACUGUCACCCCCUCCGGCCGCACCGGCCGUUCCUGUCAAGCGCGGUCCGGGCCGUCCCAAGGGCUCCAGGAACAAGCCCAAGCACAACCUAGACCGGGUCAUCGGGCGCGGCUCGCGGGUGACCAAGAGUGUUGGUAGGGGGGGCAACAGCAUUGCUGCAGAUACGUCCAAAUCAGCAGGCUGGAGAGCAAGAACACCAGGCGAGAAACUCGCCAUCAGGUUGAUCGCUAUCGCUCAGGCGGAAGCGAAGACGAAGCUGGAGGUGUACCUGCUGGACGAGGAGCAGGAUCCGGCCGACGGCGCCGACGUUGCUGUCGGCAACAACAGAAAGCUGUCUCGGGAGCAGCUGCACUGGCAGCUGUUUAUGAAAUUCCAGCAGGAGGCGUUGGACCGGAUCUUCGACGAGAAUCCGCAGCACAAGGAGACGAUUCUGGCCGAGGAGGGGCUCAUGCAGGAGUUGUUUCCGGGGUACUUUGAGAAGGAGUAGGUGUCACUGUUUGGUCAUUGUUUUUGUAUUUGUAGGAGCACAUUGUCACUUCUAG